AUGAUCGGCAACGCACUUUCGCAGGGACGAAAGCUCUGGAUCUUCGGCGGAACGCGCCGUGAACGACAUGAAGCCGUUCGUCGCGCAGCUGCGGAGCUUGGCGUCCGCCUAUGCUGGCUUUCCGCACCGCAGUGCGUCGAGAAGGGGUUGCAAACCUGUUUACGCCGCAUAGCAGCGGAGCUUGCGCAGCAGCCCGGAGCGCUCGUUAUCAUGGACUGGGAACGCAUUGCUGCAUGGUAUCGUCUCUAUGGGGAGCGCUUCCAUAUCGACAGCUUCCCUGACGAGUUCGGGACAUCGUCACCCGGUACAGCAACCGAAGAGGUCCUGAUUAUGCGGCUCGGUGCUUUCGUAGGUGUUGUCUCGAGCGCGGUAAUCGUUACCUGUGCGACGCUUGUUCCGAUAGCGCUGCGCUGGUUCGAACCUGCUGCCUUGCUUCCGCUGAACGUCUACGGAGCAUCCUGGUCCGAUCAGGGAAACCAGGACACGGUAAACUCGCAUGCGUUGCAGAACGCUGCUGGUGGCGAAUUACGAUACUCGGGACUGUGGCUUCGCAUGUACAGGGAUAACAACGGUGCUCUGGCGCGUAUUCGCAGAAUGUUGCUUCCAACAACGACAGAGUUGGCAACUUGGCGUCGAUUCGGAGUUGCUAUGCCUCGUUGUGUUUUGGUGCAUGGUCCCCCAGCGAGCGGCAAGACUGCACUUGUCUACGCGUUUGCCGACCUCGCAGCGGAGCGUGGUAUUCCCUGUCAUCUCAUUACCAGAAGCAAUCUCUAUUCUGGUUAUUUAGGGGAGACCGAACGGGAGCUUCGUCAGUUAUUUCGGCCGGUUUCUGCGGAGGUCGGAGCGAGACGCCCAAUCCUCUGCUUCGACGAUAUUGAUUUGUUCUUCUCUUGCGGACGGAGCCAGGGCGCCCAGCAAACAACCGAUGACGCUCUCGCGACUACCGAUCGUUUCACCAGUCGUCUGCUGGGCACGUUGCUUUCCGAAAUAGAUGGCGCGUUGGAAUCAAAUACGAAAGACAACUUGAGCGCGAAGCUUCUGCUAACUGCAACGGAGCUGGAUGCGCUCGAUGCGGCGCUCCUGCGUCCUGGUCGUUGUGAUGCGUGCAUCGCAUUAGCGUCAACUGGUGCUCCAGAGCCGAGAAGCAUCCGACCAAGCCGCCUUGAAACACGAACUUGCCAAGCUAGCGGUACUGCGGAGCGCGCACCAGGUGCCGACACAUCGCCGAGAACGACGCUGUGGCGUGUUCGCGCACAGCGACUUGCGAGCUGGGAACGGUUGCUGGGGUCCACUGGCCAAGCACAUGAUGUGCCAGACGAGAAGGUCGGCGCGGAAAAUGUGCUGUAA